GUAGCCUAAAAACCACCGAGGGGGAGACAAAGAAAGGCAUGAAGUUCGACGCCGAGUGGAGGAAACGCAAAAAACCCGACUUCACAGCUGUGAAAUGUGCGUCUUUCGGUGCGCGUUUGUUUCCCAAAUAAUCACUUCUUGCCGCGCUGAACACACAGACACCGAGGACCCUCAACUCUGACAUCCAGUAUCCAGCAGCUGGUGAUCUGAAGAUGAACAUCAUACGCCUCCAUUACAACGUCACAGGAAAGCUAGACCACCGGUUGAACAGCAGCACAAACCCUGGCACCGUGGAUGUUCAAACCAUUGUAUUUCUCAUCAUUUGUAGCUUCAUCGUCCUGGAGAACCUCACUGUUUUGGUGGCCAUAUGGAAGAACCACAGGUUCCACAACCGAAUGUAUUACUUCAUUGGGAAUCUGGCGCUGUGCGACCUGCUGGCAGGAGUAUCCUACUUGGUUAACCUGCUUCUAUCUGGAGAGAAGACCCUGGAACUCUCACCCACUCUCUGGUUUAUGAGGGAGGGCAGCACGUUUGUAGCACUCAAUGCGUCCAUCUUCAGUCUCCUGGCCAUUGCUAUAGAGAGACACCUGACUAUGAUCAAAAUGAGGCCUUAUGACGCCAACAAAAACUACAGGGUGUUUCUGCUCAUUGGGACCUGCUGGCUGAUUGCUAUAUGUCUAGGAGCUUUACCCAUCUUAGGCUGGAACUGCAUAGACAACCUCCCCGACUGCUCCACGGUCUUUCCUCUUUACAGCAAGAAAUACGUCGCUUUCUGUAUCACAGUUUUCAUGGUUUUGCUUUUAUCCAUGUCAAUUCUAUAUGCCCGCAUCUACAUCCUGGUAAAGUCCAGCAGCCGCAAGGUGAGCAAGCACAGCAACUCGGAGCACGCAAUGUCCCUUCUUCGGACCAUCAUCAUUGUAGUUGGGGUCUUCAUCGCUUGUUGGACACCCCUCUUUGUCCUGCUCCUGGUGGACGUGGCCUUUGCGUGGCGCUGCCCCAUCCUCUACAAGGCCGACUGGUUCAUCGUGGUGGCCGUUCUCAACUCUGCCAUGAACCCGGUCAUCUACACUCUGGCCAGUCGUGAGAUGAGACGGGCCUUUCUGGGCUUGGUGUGUGGCGUUUGCUACAAGGCGACGGUUUCCGGGAAUGGCAGCGGGAACAGGCGGUCCUUGGAGCCCAGCCGCAGUCGAAGCAAGUCGUGGAGCAGCCAGAACAACCCAAACCAGAACCAGCAGGGCUGCAGGCAGGCGGAGCCGCAGCAGGGGCGGGAAGCAAAUACAGAACCCAGCGACGUCUCGGCGGCGGCCGGAACAAGGAGGGGAGCUGCUCAGGGAGGCCUGGGGAGGGACUGACAACACAGAAGAGUGAAAGUGAUGUAUCUCCUGAGGGACUGUCUGUGAAGCUGAUGAGGUUUCUCUCAUGGCCGGAGAGAUCCAUCUGUCUCCACAUGAUCAUGUUACAGAUAACUCUGCUUAAACUAAGACAUUUCAAAACCGGGUGGAUAAAAGAUGAAUUAUAAUAAAGCUGGAAAAUGCUCAUGACUGGUUCACACAUGAGGGUUUUCAGCACAGCAAGAAUACAGUUCUACAGUCUUAAGUCCAAGGAGCCAAACUUUUUAUCAUCCAGGGUGGCCUUGGUAUAAAAGCUCUAUCACACAACAUAUGCCAACUUAUGAAACGUGUUUUUUGACUAAAUACUAAACUAAUAAAUAAAACUAAUAAAAGGUGUAUAUUUCAUCAAUUUGUUAACACUGCAGUAUGUACAUGCCUAAAAGAGGCUUCCAGUUGAUUUUUUUCCAAUUCCAUCUUUGACGUAGAUGUCUCAAAUAUUUUCAUAAGUUGUCUAAAAUGUUAUAGUGUGACAGGGUCUUAAGGUUUCUUACUGCUUUCAAUGUGUUUCUUUGGACUUUGGCUGCUUUUUGCUGCUAAUUUUCAGUCUAGUACCCAAUCUUUUUCAGAACAUUUAGUUUAGUUUUUUUUUUUAAGCAACUAAACUCUGACCUAUGAAUCAUUCAGGCAUGAAAAAGCAAUGUUAUGUUGAAAAAAAGGCACAUUUAGGCACCCUUAUUAGUAGUCUGUUAUUAAAAACACAACAAAAAUCUGAAACCAAAAGGAGUAUUUUUGCACAAAAAAACAGCCUAAA